CAUUACUCAUUUCCGAAGCAGCACAAACUCUCUCCAUCCAUGGCGAUGGCUACUUCUCUCUCUUCUCUCACCUCAUCCUUAUCUUCUCUCUCAUUCUCCUCCCAAAUCUCCCACAAACCAGCCCACUCCGUCCCCUUUCCUCUACUAAAGCCCCUCUCCUUAAAAUCCACCGCCGCCCCCAAAUUCCCCGCACUCGCCGUCGCCGCCUCCGCCGCCGUCGCUGAAUCGGAGGUCGAAACCGUGGACUUGAAGAAGCUGGUGAAAACUAGGCUUCCAGGUGGAUUUGCCGCGCAGACCAUAAUCGGCACCGGCCGCAGAAAAUGCGCCAUCGCUAGGGUUGUUCUUCAGGAAGGUUCCGGAAAAGUCAUCAUCAAUUACCGUGAUGCUAAGGAAUACCUUCAAGGCAACCCUCUAUGGCUACAAUACGUCAAGACUCCACUCGUGACUCUAGGCUAUGAAAGUAGCUACGACGUAUUUGUGAAGGCACAUGGUGGCGGGCUUUCUGGGCAGGCCCAAGCAAUUUCACUCGGCAUUGCUCGGGCAUUGCUGAAAGUGAGUGACAGCCAUAGAUCACCAUUGAAGCAGGAGGGUCUUCUCACUAGAGACUCGAGAGUGGUCGAGAGGAAGAAGCCUGGAUUGAGGAAAGCUAGAAAGCGCCCUCAGUACUCCAAGCGUUGAGGGUUGGAAUUUCGAAUCGUCCUCAAACUGUGGUAAAGGUGGAGUUUUUAUCGAGUAUCUUAUUUCGGAUGACUUGUGUAGAUUUUCUUUUUGUUACUGUUAAUGGGAAUCGAAUUCUUGUGCUUCAAUUUUUUGUUGCGAUACAUUGAAUGUUUAUUAUAACCGUGGUUCGUUUACCAAGCUUAUGUAACUCAUCGAACUCGAUCUCCGGAGCUUGUGUCUGUUAACAUGAAUGCUGCAAAUAGUUGUUGUCGUAUAUCGAUUACUGCAGAUUAUGUGCAU